GAAUGGAAGAAAGCUUUCUCUCCAUAAUUAUUGCGUGCAUAUUUCUAAUUUCGUCUCUGCGUUUUAUGCUACAAACAAGAAAACAGCACAAAAAACUUCCACCAAGUCCUCCUUCUCUUCCGAUCAUAGGCCAUCUCCAUCUCCUCAAACCACCCAUCAAUAAGACUCUUCACCGUCUCACCCAAAGCUACGGCCCCAUCAUCUAUCUCCGCUUGGGCUUCCGACCUGUGGUUGUCGUCUCAUCACCAUCGGCCGUCGAAGAAUGUUUCACCAAGAAUGAUGUUAUCUUUGCCAACCGCCCCGAUUUCUCCAUGGGCAGAUAUCUAUACUACAAUAAUACCGUCCUCGCUGCUGCGAACUACGGCGAUCAUUGGCGUAAUCUCCGCCGUAUAAGCACUGUUGAAAUUCUAUCAUCUAAUCGUCUGAACCAAUUUCAAAGCAUCCGAAGACACGAAGUCAGUACAUUACUUCAGCGGCUCCAUAGAGUUUCAAGCAAGGGCUUUGCUAAGGUAGAGCUAAGAUCUAUCAUUUUUGAUAUGACCACUAACAUAAUAAUGAGAAUGGUUGCAGGGAAGAGGUACUAUGGUGAAGAUGUGAAAGAAUCAGUUACAGAGGAGGCGAGGAAGUUCAGGGAAAUCAUGGAAGAGAUCAAGGAGUGUACUGGGAUAACCCAUUUGGGAGAUCUGUUUCCGAUUUUGAAGUGGGUCGAUUACGAUGGAUUCAUAAAGAAACUGAUUAGGCUUGGUAAAAAGGUCGAUUUGUUCAUGCAAGGAUUGAUUGAUGAGCAUAGAAUUGAUAAGGACAGGAACACAAUGAUAAAUCACUUGCUUGCUAUGCAAAAAUCGCAUCCUCUGUACUACACUGAUGAAAUCAUCAAAGGCAUGAUUCUGAUUAUGUUGGAUGCAGCAACAGAAACCACUGCUAUGUCAUUAGAAUGGGCAAUUUCAAAUCUGCUCGACAACCCAAAUGUGUUGAUGAAGGCUAAAGCGGAGAUAAACGCUCAAAUUGGUGAAGACCGUUUAAUAAAUGAAUCAGAUUUGCCGAAACUAAACUAUCUUCAAAGCAUCAUCUCAGAAAAUUUGAGAUUGUAUCCAGUUGCUCCACUCCUAGCGCCACACUUGUCAUCUGAUGAUUGCACCGUCGGAGGAUUUCAUGUGCCCUCCAAUACAAUGUUAAUUGUAAAUGUUUGGGCCAUCCAAAGAGAUCCUAACUUAUGGGAAGAUUCAACAAGUUUUAAGCCAGAGAGAUUUGAGAAUGGAAAAGCUGAAGCAUUCAAGUUCUUGCCUUUUGGGUUGGGAAGGAGAGCAUGUCCUGGAGAAGGCUUGGCAAUUAGAACAAUGGGCUUGACUUUGGGUUCAUUGAUUCAAUGCUUUGAGUGGGAAACUGUUGAUGGAAAGGACAUCGAUAUGAAUGAAAAGACAACAAUCACUUUGUCCAAAGCUGAACCCUUAGAGACCAUGUGUAAAUCUCGUCCUAUACUAGACAAGGUUCUUCCUUAAGCUAACAUAAGUCAAACAAAAUUAUAUGUAUUUACAGUCAAAAGUAAAAAAAAAAAAAAAAAAGUAAUAAAAACAAGAGCUUCUUUCUUAUCCAUCAAGAUUCAAUUUCCGUGGAGAAGCGCUGUAUAGUACUUGUUUUAAGAAAUUGUUUGUCUUGACUAUGAAAUGCAUACAAUAGCUUGUAGCUCUCA